AUGCGACCCCCACUCUCUGCCCUGUGCCAAGCCACCGCCGUUUCCAUCGCCACCAUCCUCGGCACGGGCAUCCUGGGCCUGCCGGUGUCUCUGCACUCGUCCGGCAUCCGCCCGUUUUUCCUCACCUUCACCCUCGCCCUGUUCGCCCAACUAGCCGUCGUCAUCGCCACCGUCGAGGUGCUCCAACGCGCGCACAAAGACCCGCAGCCCGCCACCUCCGACUACCACCCAUUGCCCAAUGAAGAUCCGUCCUCCGCGCAACCGCUUCCUUCACACGCCCCACCCCACGAAACAGCUCCAUCCCUCCACUCGAUCGCCCACCACUUUCUUCCCAACAAACCGCUCCGCAUCACCUUUAACGCUAUCGUCGUUGUUCACUUCGUCUUCAUCCUCGCCGCCUACGCUCUCGCCGGGCCCCAGGCAUUCGCCGCCCUCAUACCUGCUUUGAAACGCGCCCCGAGAUGGGCACUGCCAACCGUCUUUCUCCUUGUCAACGUCCUCGCCGUCAUCUGCCUGGACCGCGCCCUACUUCCAUCGCUCACGAUCGCCACCCUAUUCAAGGCUGCUCUUCUCUCGUCUAUUGUCUUCGUUGUUUUCGGUAGGGGAUUAGCCAUUCACGAGGACGUCACCAAUGACUGGCGCCCUGCCGCUCUCAUCGAUCCCUUUCUCAUGGGCACCUUUGCUCUCAACGGAGUCGUUAACAUUAUGCCCGUCACCUUCCAGGCCUGUCUCGAAAGUACCCGUGCACCCGACGGUACCAUCCCACCGCUUGAUCCCCCAUUUUUGCGCGCCUAUCGUAUGUCCACCGUUGCCGCCAUUGUCAUCUGCUUUAUUCUUAACGUGUCGUGGUGUGUCGGAAUCCUCUUGUGCGUUCCGCAAACCAGUCACACGAUUCGAUCCGUCGCUGCCGCCAGUGGCAACCACGACAUGACCGUUUUAUCCAAUUCUAUACAACUAACCCUCAAUGCAGUAAACGCUACGCAUUCGGAUGCUUCUCUCACGCAAGCAAAUGAACUCGGUCAAAUCAGCACGAUUCCGUUGAUAGAAGUUCUCCAGGCGAGAGGAGACCAAUUAGACUGGCUCAUGGCCCUUCUUGUUAACAUUUUUAUCGCGCUCAGCAUCACUGUCUCAUUUCUCGUCAUGUCUCUUGGCCUCAAACACUUCCUCGACGGCCAAGCCCGCGACCGGACGACUUCGACUACAUCAAUGGCGUACGAUUCAUAUCGUAUAUUGCAGUAUGCCCAACACUAUCUUUUCGUCUUGGUCAUAGCUGUCUUCAACCCCACCGGCCUUUUCAAAAUCAUGGAAGGAAUUACAGGACUCAGCCUCAAUGUGGAGGCCGGUCUGUUCAUCUUGUACAUGCUGCACAUCGGUCGAAGAAUGAACAAGCAAAUCCCUGCUCCGCUUUCACACACUCACGUACUUGUGGUACUUUGGUACGCCGGUGCUUAUUUUGGCAGCGCAGUGCUGGUUGACAUCUUAUUCUACCUUCCACAUGCCUUUUUAUGA